AUUAACAUUUAAAUGUAAUCUGUGUGCAUAAUUUCGUGUUUAAUUUCGUUUAUUUCUAAAAAUUUUGAUUAAACCCUGUAAAUUAAAAAAAUGUUACGUUUGUAUGAUUCUCCAUAGGUGGAUUGUAAAGAACAAAGUGUUUGUGCGUGUUUUAAUAGUUUGAUGGUUCUGAAAACUGUUAUGAAAGUUUGGCAUCGACAAAAGGGUUUGUUUAUUUACCAAAUAGCGCAAUUCAAUCUGGACAUGGUAUAAACACUAACCCUCCUUUGGGAUUAGCUGUAGUUGGGUAAAGACGCGAGUUGCCAGUUGUAUAUUAUUUUUGAUGACACUCGUGGGCCGGGUCAACUCUCGAACAAAGUUUGGUUAUACCUACGGGGGCUAGACCUGUGGUGUCAUCAUCCAUACGGUUCUACCGUCUGGUAGUUGUAGCAAUAUUAUUAUCAUUAGUAGCUCACGCCUGACAUAAUAUUUUGAUAAAUCUAAUACAUUUUUAGAUUUAAAUAUGACUUUAAUAACUGAAUAAAUACUUUUCUUCUAUAAAAAUAUAGAGAGACACUCUCGUUGAAUAUUGUUUUAGUAACGCAUGGGUAAGAUUUUCUAAACGAAGUGUGGCAACCCCAAUUACUUAAUAAAAAAUAAAAAUGUUAUAAAAUGAAAAUGGCGUCAUUUCACCAAAUAUCUUAAAACACAAAUUCACGAAUAAUAAAAUAAAUGUUUGCCACGGCCUGUUAAUAUUUAUGAAGACCUCUUCAUGGAUUGGAUUUAAGCAACCUGCUGUGUAAUAUCCUCGCCAUUCUUGAUGUUGAGAAGAUCUAUAAGUCUUUUACGUUUCAUCUGAGUGUUGUGGUUUUUCAUUAUGUUAAAAAUAAGACUUUGUUAGUUCAAGUGUCUCUAUAACUAUGAAGAAGAACAAAAGAAAAUGCUUUGAGUGUGGUUCUUCGCCUGCCGAUGAUCCAGAGAAGACCCUACAGAGAUUACCGAAACUUGAUUCUACAAAUUUAGUCUCUGGUAGCUUAAUCUGGAGCAACAUAAGGUUAAUUAUGAAAUGGUAAUGAAAAUAAACAUCUGAGAAAAGCAAAUUCCAUGAACUAAUUUGAAAGUAUCUGUUACCAGAAGUAAAUUUUUUACUAUACCACUGUUCAAUAUUAAACCACAGGUAUAUGUACUAAAGGCAGGUAAAGUAAAAUUUGAGUUUUAUUUUUGAAUCUAUAAUAAGUAGUUUAUAAUUAUGUAAUGAUGAACCAGAACAAUUUGUUAAUUUGAAACUACAAUUACAAGUUUUUAUAAUUAUGUUAGGCACUAGGCAGACUAAUGAAGAGUAUGUUAGUUUACUUUGUACGAAAAUCUGUUCUUUGACAUAAUUAUAGAAUAAGAUGAUAAGUGAUGAUGCAAUCUAAGAUGGAAGCGAGAUAACUAGUUAGGCAAAGGAUGAAAAUCCACACACAUUUCUGUUUCUACAUAAUAUCUCACCGGAACACUAAAUCACUUGCCAGUAGGGUAUUAACUAGCCAGCCAGACAUAGACCAGAAAGAAAACUUCAAUCGGCCCAGCCGGGGAUAGAACCCAGGACUUCUGCGUAGUUAAUCCACUGUGCUAUGGAGGCCAUUUCGGCAAUAUUUUUCUUGCCUUGAUUUAUAAAAGUUUUUGCCAAUAAUAAGCUACAUUUUUCAUUGAAGGUUGUUUGAAAGAAAUAGCUUUUAGCUAUAAGACCUAAGCUUUGCACAUUUUACUUUUUUUUUCUUUUUGACAAUGUAGCUUCUGUGAACAGUUGAGGAAUUCCCUCAUCUGUGUUACUGUUCUAUCAUCAGAUUGCCUCCGGACAUUUUAGUUAUAUUUCUCACCUGGUUCUUGUCAAGGUUUUGUAAUAAAUAAUAAUAACAAAUGAACUAAGUAAAAAUGGCUAUGUGGUUAGUCUGUCUGCCGUAGAAGUAGGUGCAAGAGGAUUACCAACAAAAUCUUUCUAUAACUUGUUUAAAGACCUUGGCAUCUUUAGGACGGCAGCAACUUCUAUGUAGAAGAAAGAGAGAAAGAAGAAUAAGUAUCCAAAGCUGCUCUUAGUAGGAUCUUACCAAAUUUGGCUAAGCAGGGAGAACAACACAAGUAGGGGAGUUUAAUCAAUUGUCAAGGAAUUCCUUAACCCUACAUCCUGUAGUCACAACUCCAGGACUCUGCUCGGAGUAUUUCUCUCUACCAGGAGAUGGACCUGGCACCUGCACGGAAUGCUAAGAUAUUCAUCUGUCUCUUCAUGAGUACAAUCCUGCUUCUUCACAUGAAUUUUACCCGCAUGACGACGGUUUUUAAUAUAAAAAAUAUUUACACAAUGUCUCAAAAAGCAAUCAAAGCUUUGAAAAAUAAACAAUGUUCGCAGAAGUUCAGUACCAACAAACUCACAAAAAAUGAGCCCAAAUUUAGCAUUACUUGCAAGCCAGACUAAGAAAUUUCAAGAAGAUAAUUUAAAAGAAGACAAUAGAAUAAACAGAUAAACAGAUGGAAACCAGGCAAUAGGUGUAGCAAAAUAGAAGAUGAAGGUCUAGCUGUGCCAGUGCUGAGCCACACAGUUGCUACUGGCAUGUUUGCAAAAUAGCACAAGCUGUAGCAAAAUAGAAGAUGAAGGUCUAGCUGUGCCAGUGCUGAGCCACACAGUUGCUACUGGCAUGUUUGCAAUAUAGCACAAGGUGCUGUAAAAUGAAGAUAUAUUGUUAAAUAUCAUGAGAUAGAAAUAAAAGAUGAAGAUCUAGCUGUACCCGUCCCGAGCCACACUACUGCAGCCACGUUGCCGCUGGCAUUUUUGCAAAAUAGCACAAGGUCACAACAAUUGAUGUAACAAAUAUAAUCAAUGGACCAGGCACCUGCACCAUGAUUCUUUGGAAUACUAAAAUUCGUCUCUUUAUGUCUGUACUUCUCAUAAUGAAAAAUGUCACGUUUUUAUGAAAGAAAUAAUGGAAUCAAAUAAUAAAUAAAACAAGCAUAUGCUGGAAGUCCUCAGAAACAGCUCCGACUUUGAUGAUUUUUUUUAAACUCAUGUUUUUUAUGUUAUUUAAAAUCAUAAAUGUUUUGGUGGACGAAAUUAUUUAAAUUGUUAAAAAAUAUCUAUGCUAUUUAUACAUAUAUAUAUAUAUAUUUUUUUUUUUAAUACAACCGACUUCAAAAAUACAAACUUAUGCAGAAAACUAACAAACGAAAGAAAAUAUUAUAAUAUUUUCUAUCUAUUGAUCACUUUGAAGGCGGUGCCAAUGGUCCAAUUAAUGGGCCGACAAUUAGUUAUCUAUUGUUUACUAGCUAUAGGGUUCGAAUUGCUUUUUCAUAUGUUUAAAAGACUAUCAUCGGAAUGAACCCUUUAUAAUAAAAAAGUAUUAUCAAAAUCGGACAGGUCCGACCUAUUUAACCAUUAAUUUUAGUAUACAACCGAUCGGUUGUAUACUAAAAUUAAUGGUUACACAAUCAAUCAUCCCCUGUUUUCGUACUGUAAAACCAAGCAUAACUGUUAACAUGAGUAGUCCGAUUUUGAUAAUUCUUUUAAUUGAUCAUUCUUGAUUGUUUUAGUUUAAAACCAAGCAUGUCUUCGAAUUCCGAUUUAAAUAACUUUGUUUUAAAUAGAAAGUGUUAAUGCGCAACACCGAACACAAUAACGUCAAUGUCAUCUGUCUAUCAAGUGCAAGUCAAUUCAACGUCAACUGUCAACUGUCAUUCACUACUCUGUAUCUGUAAUUAAUUUUCACUAACUGAAAAAAAAUGUACGCUUCAAAAUUAAAAUCACUGAAGAUAAUCCUGAAAUUUUAUUGAAAUUACACAAAUUCAACCAACAAGAAUAAAAAAUCACAUUCUCCUCAACAUUUUUGGUCCUUCGAGCCGGAUUCGUCGGCGUCACGAUCAAGAUCAAGAAAAGAAGAUCGAGUCGGGCAAAUCCUUUGUUCACAAUUCACUAAUUCCCUCCCUUUACCGUUCUCGUUUACCCUUUUUCCGUGUUAACUUCUUAUUAAAAUAUACUGGACUUCGCUUCUUUACUGUAAGUACUUUUAUAAACCUCCAUAAAAAUGAUUAGUGACGAACAAAAUGUGAAUAUUCCACGAUCGCCACAUAACGUCAAAAUGGCGGAACUAAUUAGAAAACGUGGCACGUACAAAGGGCGUCUUACUAUUUUUGAAAAAUUCAUAUCUAAAUUCGACAUAACUAAUACUCCAUUAUCACCAAUUCAAAUGUCAGAAAUUAACUUGAGAUUUAAAUCCAUCAGUAGUUUAUAUAAUGUAUUUAAUGACUUACAAACACAAAUCGAAGAAGCGUGCCGGGAUGUAGAUUUAACAAAACAAUAUGAAGAAAGAGAAGUGUUUGAAGAACAGUAUUACAGAGCUUUAGCCUCCGCAGAGUGCUUAAUCAAACUUAAUGACGCUGCUUCUAGUUCUAAGUGCACCCCAUGUGGGGAACACUCAAAUAAGCCACUAUCUAUUAAGUUACCGGACAUCAAAUUACCGACGUUUGAUGGGUCAUAUGACCAUUGGCUAGAGUAUAAAAACUCCUACAUAACUAUGAUCCACUCACGCACAGAUUUAGACCCCAUACAAAAAUUUCAUUACCUGAAGUCCUCGCUCAAUGCGGUAGCAUUGCAGGUCAUCAGCGCAUUAGAGUUCACUGCAGAGAAUUAUGCACAUGCGUGGGAUUUACUUCAAAAUAGGUAUAAUAAUAAUCGUUUGCUAAUAUAUAACCAUGUCAAAGCUUUGUUUUCCAUUACAUCCUUAAAUAAAGAAUCUGCCCCACUAAUUAGGAAGUUAAUUGAUACUAUUCUUAGAAAUCUUAGGGCUCUGAGUACACUAGGUGAGCCUACUGAAUCAUGGGACACAUUAAUUAUAUACUUAGUUGUAAGUAAACUCGACCUAUCCACUGAGCGCAAAUGGGAACAACAUAAAGGGUCUUAUAAUUUAAAUUCACACCAAGAAUCAAACCCAGUUAAGCUAGAUCAUUUAAUACAAUUUUUAAGGGAUAGGGCAGAUGUUUUGGAUGUUUUAAAAACUAAUUGCAGUAAGAGUGACUCUAGACACAAUAUCAUUAAUAACGCUAAUAAUAAUCAUCAAUCAAUUAGGAAAGUAUCCUUCAAUCAACAUCAGUCGCACAGUCAUGUUACUUCACAAGUUAACAAAAACAAUUCACAUUCCAAAUACACUCAAGCUUGCCCUAUGUGUGAUGAUUCACAUCCAAUUUAUUCAUGUACUAAGUUUCUAGAUUUAUCUAUUAAUGAUAGAAUUAAAUUAGUGGAUUCCAAGAAGUUAUGCAGGAACUGUCUUCGCAGAAAUCACACUAGUUCGGACUGCCUAUUUGGUCCGUGUAAGAAGUGCUCAUCCAAACAUAAUACACUUCUGCAUAGUCAUGUAGUUAUUGAAAAUGUAAACGCAUCAACAUCAUAUGUACACACAAAUACAUCUUUGCCAGUUAAUAUGAGCCCUUCAUCUCACUCAACUGCCUUGAACUGUACCGAAUAUCCCUCUAAGUCACACACAAAGGAGAUUACUUUAAAUAAUUAUAAUUCACACAACUUAGUUUUGCUAUCUACUGCCUUGGUAGACGUAGUAGCUAGUGAUAAUAAAUUACAUACAGCACGGGUUUUGCUGGACACUGGCAGUCAAAUAUGCCUUAUUAACCAAUCAUUUGCACACAAAAUAAACGCACAACUUAUACAGUCCUCUGUUCAAGUUAUGGGAGUAGGUCAUGCAGUCACUCAAAGCGCACAUAAGUGUACUGUAAAGAUACACUCAAGAGUAAACAAUUUUCAUACACACAUACAAUGUUUGGUUUUACCUCGCAUCACAGCCAGUAUGCCACCAUGCCAGUUAGACAUUAGUAAAAUUUGUAUUCCAAACAACAUUAAACUUGCAGAUCCUAAUUUUCAUCAUCCUUCUGAUAUUGAUAUUUUAAUAGGUGUUGAUAAAUUUUGGGAAUUUCACAACAAGGGUUUCAUAAAGCUAUCAACAGGGCCAUAUUUACAUGAAACCAAACUAGGUUGGGUCAUAUCUGGACCAAUACACACAAGUGCUAACUUGCGCAUCAAUAAUCAAGUUAGUUGUAACCUAACUAGUAGUUUAGAUAGUCAAUUAAAAAGAUUCUGGGAGUUGGAAGAAAUUCCUUCCUCGGGGAGCAAAAUGCUCACAGCAGAUGAACUCACUUGUGAACAAAUUUUCUUAUCAACUCACCACCGAGAACCUGAUGGUAGGUUUUCUGUUAGAAUUCCUCUAAAAGAACCCGCUGAUGUUUUAGGGGACAGCUAUUCAUUAGCCGAGAAGAGAUUUUAUUCAUUGGAACGCAAGUUUAGAAAUUCACCUGAUCUUAAAGAAAAGUAUUGUGAAUUUAUGCGCACAUAUGAACAAUUGGGGCAUAUGACACAAAUUGAUACUUAUAGUUAUCCUUAUUAUAUGUUACCACAUCAUGGUGUUAUUAAUGAAAAUUCAAAAACAACAAAACUACGUACCGUGUUUGAUGCAAGUGCUGUCACCAGUACAGGAAAAUCCUUAAAUAGUAUACAACAUAUUGGGCCUACUUUACACAAUGAUAAUUUUUCUAUUCUUCUUCGUUUUCGUCAAUACAAAUAUGUUGCAUGCGCUGACAUAGAGAAAAUGUACCGACAAAUUAAUGUACAGACUGAUCAACGCACUUUACAGUUAAUUUUAUGGCGAGAGAAUCCUUCUGACUCUUUGAAAAUAUUUAGGCUCAAUACGGUUACAUAUGGUACUGCAUCGGCUCCCUAUUUGAGUAUUAGAUGUUUAAAGCAACUUGCACAGGAAUGUGAAAAUAAGUACACUGUCCCAGGAGAGGAUAACAAUUAUGUGUCUAAAAUAAUCAAUGAAGAUUUUUUUGUUGAUGAUCUAAUCACUGGCCAUGACAAUCAUGAUACCCUCAUGCAAAUUUGUGAUCACAUCACAUCAGUUUUAGCCUCAGGAUGUUUUCCAUUACAUAAAUGGUUAUUUAAUACUUGCUUAAACACACCUAAUGAAUCAAGACAUUUAUCUUUAGGAGAUGAUUGUUCAAAUAAAACUCUCGGUUUGGGUUGGUUCACUCAAAGUGAUGAAUUAUAUUUCACUACCAAACUUAAGGUAAACACACACACUGUUACUAAACGUUCAAUGUUAUCUGUAAUUGCUCAGAUUUAUGAUCCACUUGGGUUGUUAUCACCAACAAUCAUAUGUGCCAAAAUCUUAUUGCAAAAAUUAUGGCUUUCCAAACUUGACUGGGAUGACCCCGUUCCUCAUGAUGUGGUUCAGUCUUGGGAAAAGUUUAUUAAAUCAUUUGACUGUUUAAAGGAUAUUCGCAUUCCUCGACAUGUUAUAGGUUCACAUAAUCAAUACAUUGAACUUCACAUUUUCAGUGAUGCUUCACAAAGUGCUUAUGGUGCUUGUAGUUAUAUACGUUCUUAUUCAGACAAUUCACCAGUGUUUAUCAAAUUGUUAUGUUCAAAAAGUAAAACAGCUCCAUUAAAAGCUAUAAGUAUUCCUCGAUUAGAACUAUGUGGAUCUUUAGUGGGUGCCAAAUUGUUUGCAAAAAUAAGUAAAUCAUUGCGACUUAAAUUUCAUAAAGUAUAUUUUUGGACGGACUCCACCAUAGUGCUUGGAUGGCUUCGCAUGUCACCACAUCUUUUAAAAUCAUUUGUACAAAACCGAGUUACUGAGAUUAAUGAUAUUGCAAGUGAAGCUUGUUGGAGACACGUUAGCAGUGGGGACAACCCUGCUGAUUUGUUAUCUCGAGGCAUGAGUUUUGAUGCACUUGAUAAAUGUCAAUUAUGGUGGAAUGGUCCUGCUUUUUUACACAAUCAUCAUUCAGAAUGGCCACAAAGGCAUUUUACAAAAGAGGUUCCUUCAGAUUUACCAGAAUUAAAAUCUGCAAGUGUAACUGAGAUGUCACUACAUUUAAAUUUAUAUAGUGGGUUAUUUGAUUUCAAUCGGUUUUCAUCAUUUAAUCGCUUAAAGCGCAGUGCAGCCUACGUACUACGAUUUAUUCAAAAUUCACGUACAAAACGCAAUAAUCGUUUGGUUGGUCCGCUCUCGGUUGAAGAGCUGAAUACUUCCAGUACAUUAUUGACGCGAAUAUCACAAAUACAAUCUUUUCCUUUAGAGUACAACUGUUUAACGAAAAAUUUAAAACUAAAAUCUACUAAAAGUAUUACCGGUUUAUCUAUUUUUCUGGAUAAAGAUGGGUUAAUACGCAUAGGUGGUAGACUUGCAAAUUAUGACAAUUUUUCUUACAAUAAAAAGCAUCCUGUUUUACUCGAUAGCAAACAUUGUUUCACUCGUUUGUUAUUUGCAUUUGAACAUAAAAGAUUAUUCCACGCAGGACCUCAAUUACUUUUAUAUCACAUUAGAGAUGAAUGGUGGCCUUUAAAAGGUAGAAAUUUGGCUAGACAAACAGUUCAUAGAUGUGUUACUUGCACACGCUUCAAAGGUCAAACCUUGACACCCAUUAUGGGAAAUCUACCCUCUGAACGUUUUCAAUCAGGUUUUCCCUUCAUGCGCUGCGGAGUGGAUUAUGGAGGCCCAAUUUUGAUACUUAAUCGACGAGGUAGGGGUGCGCGAUUGGAAAAGAGUUAUAUUUGCUUAUUUGUUUGUUUUAGUACUCGUGCGGUGCAUUUGGAAUUAGUCACUAGUUUAACAACUGAUGGAUAUUUACAGGCUCUGAAAAAAUUUAUAUCUAGGCGUGGAAAACCAUUAGAAAUUCACUCAGAUAAUGCCAAAACGUUUAUUGGUGCUAUGAAAGAGUUUUCCGAUUUCAUAGACAAUAAUUCAGAUGCAAUAGUAGAGUAUGCACAUGAUAAUCAUAUCAAAUUUAAAUUUAUUCCACCUUAUGCGCCUCAUUUUGGAGGUUUAUGGGAGGCAGGCAUCAAAUCCUGUAAAUUUCACUUAAAACGCGUGGUAGGCAAUGCCCAUUUAACUUAUGAAGAAUUUAGCACGGUUUUAGCCCAAAUUGAGGCUAUUCUAAAUUCUCGUCCCAUUUCCCCUUUGUCCUCUAAUUCCUCAGACCUUUUACCUCUUACCCCCGCUCACUUCCUCAUUGGCCGCCCGCUGACAGCACCAGCUUCUGAAGAUCUAACUACUACACCAUCACAUCGGUUGACACGCUAUCACAGAAUUGAACAACUCAGACAACAUUUCUGGCAACGUUGGUCUAAGGAGUAUGUCUCUGAACUCCAAACUAGAACUAAAUGGAAGAGUCCAAGUCGAGAUAUCACCGAAGACAUGUUAGUCCUUAUAAAAGAAGAUAAUUCUCCACCCUUAAAAUGGCGUCUUGGAAGAGUCACUGAAGUCUCAAGAGGCAAAGAUGGAGUAGCUCGAGUUGCCUAUAUUCGCACAUCUGAAGGCAUAAUUCAAAGGGCUUGUUCGAAAAUAUGUCCCAUCUUUCCAGAGGACGAGGACCCUGAAGAAGAAGACAUUGGAAGAGUUCUUCCAAGGCCGGGGGCAUGUUAAUGCGCAACACCGAACACAAUAACGUCAAUGUCAUCUGUCUAUCAAGUGCAAGUCAAUUCAACGUCAACUGUCAACUGUCAUUCACUACUCUGUAUCUGUAAUUAAUUUUCACUAACUGAAAAAAAAUGUACGCUUCAAAAUUAAAAUCACUGAAGAUAAUCCUGAAAUUUUAUUGAAAUUACACAAAUUCAACCAACAAGAAUAAAAAAUCACAUUCUCCUCAACAGAAAGGGUAUAUUCCGACAAUGGUCCCAAAUCAUUACAAAUUUAAAAAAAACGAAGAUGACUGGUUAUUUUUCAAUUAAUUGUAUUGUAAAACUAUGCGUAACUUAUUACGAAGUGGUCCGAUUUCGUAAAUUCUUUAUAUAAAGGUAUUUUGAUUGUAAAGCUCCCAUAUAAAUUUUAAAAAACAAUUCCAAUCCUAAAUGUGCGAUUGAUUGUUUUCUCAUUCAUUUUAAUGUAAAACCAAGCAUAACUUUUUAUUGGGUGGUUCGAUUUUGAUUAUUCUUUUUUUGAUAGAAAGGCUAUAUUCCUAAAAGUCUCAUAAAAUGUUGGAAAAAACAAUUUCAAACCUAAUAGUAGGAAAAUAGAAGAUGAUUAAUUGUUUUCCCAUUUAUUGUAAUGUUAAACUGUGCGUAACUUUUUACUGAGUGGACCGAUUUUGAAAAUUCUUUACUUUUUGUAAAGGGUUUAUUUCGAAGUAGGUCCCAUAUAAAUUUCGGAAAACAAUUCGAAUCCUUAAGGUGGAAAAAAACGGUACGAUUGAUUGCCUACCCAUUAAUUGUACAAUUGGCACCGGCUUCAAAGUAAUCAGUAGAUAGAAAAUAUUAUAAUGUUUUCUUCAGCUUAUUAGUUUACUGCAUAACUUUGUGUUUUUGAAGUCGGUAGUGUCUAUUUUUUAAUUAUUUAUUAUAUAAAUAGCAUAACUAUUGUUAAAUAGUAUAAAUCGUUCCAUCCUCACUCAAUAUGAAGAAACAAACUGAACAAAAAAAAUCAUCAAAAUCAGAGCUGUUUGAGGAUGUAGAGGGUAAAUGCUCUAUUGAUUCGCCUAAAAGUAAUAUUAUGUUAUCGCAUUAGGUUGUAAAGUUUGGCUAAUGAAAGUAGAGACUGAAAUUGCCCGCCAAAUUUAAAAAUCACAUGCGUUUUCAUAAUUUAUUUAAAUUAGUUUUUCUUUGUGAAUACAUUAUUACCUAUACUAUAAGUGUUAAACUCAGUUAUUCCAAUAUUUGCACUAUAAUUUUGAGAAUUUACUCCGAUUUUUUAAAAUUUGGCGGGUGAUUUCAGUUUCUACUUUCAUUAGCCAAAUUCUAAUAAUUUUAUUGUUUAUGAAAUUUAUACUAAUUAGAAAGAGGAAGAAUUUGAUUAUUUGUUUGUUUGCAUUGAAUAGGCUCUGAAACUACUUUGCUGAUUUAAAAAUUUCUUACAGCAUUAUAAUCAUGGAUUAGGCCAUAAUUGUUAUCUCUGUAUUCCCACGGGAACGAGAACUACGCUGGUGAAACUGCGUGACGUUUGCAUAGUUUAUCAUAUGUACAAAUAUCCCGACAAUCUAUAUUUUUAUGUAUGAAUUGGUUAAGUUAUAAUUGACUUGAUUUUCCCAAAUAUCUUAGUGAAGUCAAAUACCCAAUUGAUGCAUAGAUAUAUUUUUAUUUUGGUUUUCAUUUUACUUUAAAGAUAAAAUUUAGUUUUAGAAGCAAAAUGAAUAUAUGUAGAUUAUAUUUAAGGUGCUGAUGUUUACUUAGUAAUUGAUUAAGUGCAUAACAUAUUUAUUUGAUAAUAAAGACAUUUCAACUUGAAA